GGUGUCAGCAUUGAAGCCAUGAGUGAGAAUAAAAUGGCGUCCUCUGAAUUUGGUUCUGGGCCUGUGGAAAAAGCUGCCAAACCAUUGCCAUUUAAGGAUCCCAACUUUGUGCACUCUGGCCACGGUGGUGCAGUAGCUGGCAAGAAGAAUAGAACCUGGAAGAACCUCAAACAGAUCCUCGCUGCUGAAAGGGCAUUGCCAUGGCAACUGAAUGAUCCUAACUACUUUAGUAUUGAUGCUCCUCCAUCUUUUAAGCCAGCUAAGAAGUAUUCGGAUGUUUCGGGCCUUCUUGCCAAUUACACAGACCCUCAGAGCAAACUGCGGUUCAGCACCAUUGAAGAGUUUUCCUACAUUCGAAGGCUGCCCUCUGACGUGGUCACAGGCUACCUGGCCCUGAGGAAGGCCACGAGCAUCGUUCCCUGAUCCUGAGAAGUGGGGAUGUAGUAGGAAUGGCCUCAAAAACAGAUUCUGCACUUGUGAUAUUUUUUCCUGGAAACAGACGUGUUCUGCUGUCAAUCUGAGAGUGGCAGCUCUGUGCCUUGGAAAGAAUGUCUGGCUUUGCCAUGAGGGUUUUUCUGGUUUUUAUUUUCCUCCAAGUGUGGCGUUCCUCUUUUAAAUCAUACUUCAGUUGUUGCCUCAAGUAAACAUUGUUUGAUAAGAAAAUACAGUAAAAUUAUGCAUUUAAAUUAACUCAAGCAAGUCCCUGAAUUUUGUUUGCAAGUUGUGAACCCUCUUGCAACAUUUUCAAAGGAUGUGCAAUGAAGACACAGAUCUGGAUUGUCCUGGAGCCUAACAGGCAUGCUGAUCCCUCCCUGGAUCCAAAUGGAUUGUCCUGGAGCCUGGGGAGCAUGCUGACUGCUCCCUGAAUCAGAAUGGAUUGUCCUGGAGCCUAGAAAGCACCCUGGCCCCUCCCUGAAUCAGAAUGGGUUGUCCUGGAGCCAAGCAAGCAUACUGUCCGUUCUCUGGACCAGAAACUUCUGUCUGUCUGUUUUCUACUGUGCUGUCAGGGAGUUUUGAAACUUUGAAUGACUACCCAUCAUGGCAUGCCUGCUGGUGAUUUGUCUCUGCUACAUGGUGAAUUGAGGCAUUGGAUUCCAGUGUCCAAAGGAUAAAUUCAGCUCUUAAAAGGAAAAGCAAUUAGCUAGAUCAACGAAACAUUUUGGAGGCUUAGCAGUUAAGAUCACUUGUUGCUUUUGUAGAGGACCCAAGUUUGAUUCCUAGCACUUACAUGGUGACUCACAACCAUCUCUAAUUCCAGUUCCAGGGCAUCCAAUACCCUCUUCAGACCUCUAAGGACACCAGGUGUACACAUACAUACACACAGGCAAACUCUCAUACAUACAAAGAUAAUAUAAAUAUUUUUUUAAUUGUAUUUUCUUCUUAAGACCACACUGAUAUCCACGCUGCUCUGAUGUGAGUUCUAACUAAUACAUGCUGCAUGUCUUCACUGUAAGAGAGGAGCCACGAGGUACCUUAGAGUGACCAGAGUAUUAGAGAUGCACCUUGCGGAGCUGGGUGUGGAAGACCGUGUCACUAUAGAUACUUUGUUUGCAAUGAAGUGCCUGGCAAGAAGGAAUCCAUGUCCAUUGCUGUGGGAAAGACAUGACAGCAGGAGCAUGAGCCAGAUGGCCACACUACAUCCAUGGUCAUGAAUCAGAGAACAGACAAGAUGCGAGGCUAGACUUUACCACCUCAGGGCCUGCCUCUAGUGACCCUCUUCCUCCAGAGGGGCUCUACCACCGUGGUACAACUCAGCAGCCUUCCAAAACUGUACCACCCACCACUGGACACCAAGUGCUCAAACAUAUUUCACAUUCAAAUCACUGCACCAUGUCCUCCGAGUUAGAGCAUGUGUCCACCCAGACUUCAAGUGUGUUUUGUGACUGAUGAUGACACCUAGCAGAGGGCCAAACUAUUUCCCACCAGAUGACACUUUUCUGAACCCAUGCCUCUUAGGAAGAGGCAUUCCAUCAUCAAAUAGCACAGGUGCCUAUGGAGAGGUCACAAAUGAUGUCUUCCUCAUGAAACAAUGUUAUUUCCAACAAUGUUCUCAUCUGAGAGAAUUGAGAGCCUUAUUUGGAUCCUGGUUCAAACAAAAAAGCUUAAAAUGUUUCCAAGACAAUUAUAAACUUGAUAGAUUUUGAUGUAUGAAGAUAUGGAGGAAUAUGUAUGAAUACUUUUAAAUCAGAAUACUGGUAUCAUAAUGUUAAAGGAAAGCGUUCAUAUUUUAGAGACAAAGGCUAAAACAUUAAUGGACAGAGCAAUAUGAUAUCUGGGAUUUGUUUCAGGAUGAUGUGGAAGAGAGGAAAUGGACAGAAGUAGUGUUGAAACAAGAUUGGCUGCAAGUCAACUAUUGUAUACUAAGUACACGGAAGUUCGCUACACCGUUCUACUCUGUAUUAUUUGAAUUUCUCCACAAUAAACUUAACAAGGAUGUGGCAUUUUUAUUACUAA